UCCAAUCUUCCGGGGGAAUAACCCCGGAAUUUUGAUAUUUUAAAGUUUAAAAGUCAUGUAUUUGGCUUAGUGAUUGGUUGAUACUCAUUUUCAAUAUCUCUUACAGAUGUUGCAAUGUGCUGAGGUGGGCUGUUCGGCUAUGCUUCAACAGCCAUGCGGACAUGUGGAAUGCCGGACUCACUCGGCAUGCGCUGUACAAGUUCUGGAAGAGAUAGUUUGGCAUCAUGAAAGAUGCCAAGUAUGUUAUGAUCUUUAUGCCCAGAUCACGGAUGACUUGGCUCCCAAGGAGGUGAAGGAAGCGGCGCUCGCCACUCUGAAAAGCUGGGUAGGAGGUUUUGGAAGAAAUGUUGGUAAAGCUCGACCCUACAUUCUUUCUCGGACAGUGGCUUCGGUCCUCUACCCUAACUCCAAGACGGCAGCGGUGGCAGAGGAAGUAGCGGCGCCGUACCUUCAAUCAAUUGGGGAGGAGUUUUUGUGUUUAGAACCAGUAGAAGGACCCGAGGCAGAGGUCGUCGAGGAAGUCGACAGUUUGAACUUGUCGUCUGAACCGAUGCAGACAGAUCAGGUGGGUGAGGCAGUAGCUAGCUCUCCUUCUUUCUCCUCCUCUGAAUUUCCCCCUCUUACUUCUCUUAACUCCUUCUCCAGUAGUUUCUCGCGUUCCUUCUCGUACCCCGCCAGGGUUCGAAAGUUUUGGGAACGCUGAUGUAAAUAAGGCAGCGUCUGUCCGGUCUACCGUGAAGACCACCAAGACCAAGCAGCUGCCUGCGAAGGUGAAGUCCGCCACCCCGGCUCCGUCGGCAGCGGACAUCACCCCUAAGACUAAAUCUAGCAGGAGCAGUAGCAAAGAUAAGUCUUUGCGGAGGACUAGGGAGAAACCCACUACUCCUUCGCCUGCUCCUUCUCCUGCUUCUACGCUGUCGGGUGCAGUGAUGCUUAGUCCGGCUCCCGCUCUGACACCGACCUUAACAGCUUCAGGACCUUCAACAGCGGAAGUGCCUGUUAAUUUAGAGACUUUGGCUUCUAUAUUAAUUCAAAAGGUCAGUCAAGAACUUGCUUCUCAGGUAGCUAGAGAUAUGGCAGCCUUGUCAGGCAAACUAGAGUCCCAUAUGUCUCGCACUGACCAGUCGAUAUCAGAUCUAUCAGGCAUAGUGAGUCAACACCAAUUGUUGAUGGCACAGUCAAGCGGAAACCCUCAACUCUUGUCAAUCUUGCCGAAUGCGGCUAAUCUACCCCCCCUUCGAAGCAGGUAAUCCGUGGCGCUUGGCUUUUGGAGCCGUCUUGCGAGACGGAAAACUUACUAUCGAAGGGUGCCGGACACGUCCUUUGGAAGACUUUGAGUUCCACCCGACUGACUUGCAAUCUCCCUUUUUAGGCUAUGCAAGGUUGACUAGGGAAGCUCUUGUAAGAGAGGACAAGGUUCCGGCGGAGACUCUCAUCUUCCCAAGGGAGGCGGCCCAGUCAGCUUGGCUUAGAUUCUUGAAAGAGAUGGAGUGUGUCAAUACCAAGAUCAUUCCAUUUAAAGGAAAGUAUACCACUUUCACUGUUCAGAAGAAUCACAAGCUACCGUGCACCACGAAGAUUGCCGAGCUGACCCUGAAAGCAGCGGAAGAAGAUAAGCCUCUUCCACAACUAAAGGAGACAGACUUGACGUCUUUGUUGGUGCCGGAGGAUCCGACGUAUUGGCACCACACUCCGGAAACUUUUCAGAAAGGAAAACUAGAAUCUGAUUGUGCUUCAAUUCAAUUCAAUGAGAGACUCCUUAAGCUCCCCGAGCAUCUCAUUAAGGCGGAGUUUGAAGCCAGAUGUAGAUUGAGUCAGUCACUCCACUCAAUCACUUCGGCAGAGACGAUCGCUUCUGCCUAUCCGACCGCUCCGGAGUUUCAGGUCUUGACCAAGUCGUUGUUGGGCACGUUUCAACACGACUUGUUUGAUUUUGCUGUGGCCCGAAGAGCCUGCCGGAAGUUUGUUUUGAGACCUGCUACGAUCAGACAUGAGCCUAAUAAGCUCAUUAAGUCGUCAAUUUGGGGACCUUCCCUCUUUCCAGAGGAUUUAGUAGCUCAGGUUAUGCAAGAAGCAAUAAGAGCCAACCAGACACUUGCCACCAGGUGGGCUCUUAAGUUUAAACGUCCGGCAGAUCCUUCCCCGGCAGGCACUCAGAAGACCAAACGCCCUAAGAAAUUCCAGCAGAGAAGGUUCCAAAAACCUCCAGCUGUGAACCAACCUUCCACUUCCAUGCCUCCACCCCAACAACCAUAUGUGUGGGUACAGGCCCCAGCUCCUCAGCCGAAUCAGCACUCACAGCCAUCUCCGGUUUACAAUCAAACAUAUGAAUCAAAUACUUCCUUUCAGAGGUAUGCCCCUAGAGGUAAUAGAGGACGUGGCUCCUCCAGAUGGGUUGGUGGAGGAGGUGGAAGGCUUGCAAGAGCCAGAACCUACAGAGGAGGCAGAGAUUCAAGACCAUCCGGCAAUCAAUGAGAUAGCCAAGGUAGGUGGGAGACUAGCACUGUUCAAGCACAGGUGGACAUUCAACACCUGGGCACACAGUGUCAUAUCAAGAGGUUUAGGGUGGAGGUGGAUAAACGGCCCACCUCCCCCACACAAGUUUUUUCAAGCUCGGACACCAGACUCAGUAGCUUUCACUUAGGAACUACUUCAGAAAAGAGCAAUAAAAAGAGUCAGGAACAUCAAAUUUCAAGGCAGACUAUUCUCAGUUCCCAAGAAGGGCACGGACAAGAGGAGGGUGAUCCUAGAUCUUUCACGGCUCAAUUCAAGGAUAGUAUGCGACAAAUUUCGCAUGCUAACCAUGACUCAAGUAAGAACCUUACUUCCCCGUGGAGCCGUCACCACCUCUAUAGAUCUUACCGAUGCAUAUUAUCAUGUGCCCAUAGCAAGGAACUUGUCUCCGUUCCUAGGAUUCAGAUUAGGAAAGGAAGCUUACUCUUUCCGAGUCAUGCCAUUCGGCCUCAAUAUUGCUCCCAGGAUUUUCACCAAGUUAGCGGACGUAGUAGUCCAGGAACUUCGGAGCCAGGGAAUUCUAUUGGCGGCAUAUCUAGACGAUUGGAUAAUUUGGGCCCCCAACAAACAGCAGUGUUUGGAAUCAACCCACAAAGUCAUGAAAUAUCUGGAGUAUUUGGGUUUUCAAAUAAAUCUUCAAAAGUCAAGACUGACUCCCAGCUCCAAGUUCCAGUGGUUGGGACUUCAGUGGGACCUUCAGGCACACAAAUUUUCAGUGCCUUGGGAAAAGUGCAAGCAGAUUGCGAAAGCCACAAGGCAGUUUGUAAGGAACAAAAUAGCAUCAAGACGGGCUCAAGAAAAGAAUUCUGGCUCCUUGCAGUUUGUAGCAGUGACUCAACCGUUACUGAAAGCCAGACUAAAAGACUUCAACAGAAUUUGGAGAAGUCGAGCCAAUAUAGGCUUAAGAGACAAACUUUCAAAGAUUCCUCAGAUCUUACGAAAAAGUCUAAAACCUUGGUCUACAGCCAAGAGCUUAGCAAAGUCAAUACCACUUCAGUUUCCACAACCGGAUCUAGUGAUUCAUACAGAUGCAUCUCAAAGUGGAUGGGGAGGACAUUCCCCUACUCAAAAGUUUCAGGGAAAAUGGUCCAAUACCUUCCAAAGAUUUCACAUAAACGUGUUAGAGGCCAUGGCAGUUUUCCUAACUCUCAAACGAUUGAAGCUAAAGAAAGGGAUUCAUAUCAGAUUAGUCCUCGACAGUGCAGUAAUUGUUCACUGUAUCAACAGGAAGGGCUCCAAAUCCAAGUUCGUAAAUCAUGUGAUGAUUGCGAUCUUCUCUCGAGCGCAGAAAUUUCGAUGGCACCUAUCAGCCACACAUCUAGCAGGAGCCAGGAAUGUAGUAGCAGAUGCUCUGUCAAGGACAUCCCCAUUGGAGUCAGAGUGGACUCUAGACUCAAAGUCGUUUCAGUGGGUAUCCAAGCAAGUCCCAGGUCUUCAAAUAGACCUUUUUGCCACGGAAUCGAAUCAUCAACUUCAAUGCUACGUGGCACCCAAUCUGGACCCUCUAGCAUUUACCACAGACGCAUUGUCUCUAGAUUGGAAUCUUUGGAAGAGGAUUUAUUUAUUCCCACCAGUCAACCUCCUGAUGGAAGUUCUUCACAAGCUCAAGUCGUAUCGAGGGAAAAUAGCAUUGGUAGCCCCCUGGUGGCCGAAGAGCAACUGGUUCCCUCUAAUAUUGGAAUUGAAGCUCCGUCCCAGUCGGAUCCCCAAUCCAAAGCUUUCACAAAUAGUACAAACCAAGAAAGUAUAUGCUUCCUCAAACAUUCUCCAAACCCUAACUUUAUGGAGUUUAUGAAGUUUGCGUCUAUGCAUGAUUCAGGUAUUGAUCCGGAAAACAUUACUUUCCUGGAAUCUGACAAGAGAGAUUCUACUCUUAAACAGUAUGAUUCUGCUCUUAAGAAAUUGGUUAAAUUUGUGAAAGAAAAAGAAGUGGAAGAAAUGACAAUCAAUCUAGCAAUUUCAUUCUUUAAAGAUUUGUUUGAUCAAGGUUUAGCUCCUGGAACCAUUACCACUAUGAAAUCUGCCCUUAAAAAGAUUUUCUUGGUAGGAUUUGGGAUAGAUCUAACAAGCUCUUAUUUCUCCUCUAUCCCUAGAGCUUGCGCUAGAUUGAGACCAGUACAUAGGCCUCAAUCUGUCUCCUGGUCUCUAAACGAAGUGUUGAGGCUAGCUGCCAGUAUUGAUAAUGACUCCUGUCAGUAUUCAAUUCUACUUAGGAAGACGUUAUUUUUGUUAAGUUUAGCCUCAGGAGCAAGGAUUUCUGAGCUAUCAGCUUUGUCUAGAGAUCCAGGUCAUAUAGAUUUUCAACCUAAUGGUAAUGUUCUUCUUUCUCCAAACAAGACUUUUUUAGCCAAGAAUGAAAGUCCACAAGAUAGAUGGACCCCUUGGUCAAUAGUUCCUCUUUCCCCAAGACUCUUCUCUCUGUCCAGUUCAGGCUCUCAAGACCUAUUUACAUAGAACGUCAUUUAAGUCCUCAGGUUCCUUAUUCAUGAGAGAAAAAGGAGGAACAAUCACUAUGAGAGGUAUCAAACAACAGAUUCUCUAUUUUAUUAAACAAGCCGAUCCUGACUCUUUUCCCCUUGUUCAUGAUGUCCGGGCAAUUGCUACCUCUAUUAACUAUUUUCAACAUAUGAAUUUUGAGGAUCUUAAAAAGUAUACUGGUUGGAAAUCUUCGGCAGUUUUCAAACGCCACUACCUUAAAUCUCUUAAUGCACUUAAAUUCCCUGCCGUGGCUGCAGGAAGUAUAGUAGUUCCUGAAAACUCUUAAUUUCCUCUUUCUUUUAUAUCUCCUCUUUUCUUUCCCACUUGCCUGCCUCACCUAGUUGUUCAACCCUGCCUUCCUCUCCCUCAGGCCUUCUGUAAUCACGAGCGGAGCGGAUUGUAUUAGCUUGGUUUA